AAAUUAAAUAGAGCUUUGACUUUAUUUUUGUUAUAUGAAAAAAAAAAAUUGCCCCUACAAUACGCUAUUCAUAUCACUGUGUGUACGGAUCUUCUUCCUUUUCUUCUCUUCUCUGUAAAUCCAAAUUCCAUUCAUUCAACAAUCCUCUUCAAUCUCAGUUUUGCCGGAUUUGCAAGUUGUAACAUGAUGGAUCAGCUUCCUGUUGAAGUGAUUGGGAACAUACUAUCCCAUCUCAAGUCUGCAAGGGAUGUGGUGAUAGCCUCGGCAACAUGCAAGAAAUGGCGAACUGCAUGUUGCAAACAUCUCCACACAUUGUCCUUUAGCUCGAAUGAUUGGUCGGUUUACCGCGAUUUAUCAACGACCCGUCUCGAGAUUUUGAUUACACAGACCAUUUUUCAGACAUCCGGGUUGCAGUCACUUUCCAUUUUGAUGGAAGAUGUCGAUGAAUUCUCGGCUUCUGCUGUUAUUGCUUGGCUUAUGUACACCAGAGAGACUCUGAGGCAAUUGUUUUAUAAUGUGAAGACUAUGCCAAAUGUUAACAUUCUGGAGAUUUGUGGGAGGCAUAAGCUGGAAAUACUUGAUUUGGAGCAUAAUUCCAUUGUUGGGGUUGAGCCGAAUUAUCAGAGGUUUCCGUGUUUGAAAUCACUUUCGUUGAGUUGUGUUAGUAUAUCUGCGUUGGAUUUGAAUCUUUUGGUUUCUGCGUGUCCAAGGAUUGAAGCUUUGGAGCUUGUUAAUCCGGAGAUUGCAAUGUCUGAUGCAAUGGUGACUGUUGAAUUGAGUAGCUCGACGCUGAAGAGUGUUUAUGUUGAAGCAAUCAGUUUGGACAAGUUUAUAUUGGAGGCUGAUGGGAUUGAGUCUCUUCAUUUGAAAGAUUGUGCGCUUGAGGUUUUUGAACUCAUUGGCAAGGGAACCUUGAAGAAUUUUAGGAUUGACGAUGUUAGUGUUAUACAUCUUGAUAUUGGCGAGACGGUCGAGAAUCUUGAGAGUGUGGAUAUCAGCAACUUCACAAUCAUUUGGCCAAAAUUUUACCAGAUGAUUUCGAGAUCGUCAAAUUUGAAGAGGCUUAGGCUUUGGGAUGUGAUGUUUGAUGAUGAGGACGAGGUUGUGGAUUUGGAAACAAUCGCCACUUGCUUUCCACACCUGACUCAUUUAUCUUUGAGUUAUGAUGUGAGAGAUGGAGUUCUUCACUAUGGUUUACAAGGCUCUUCUCAUCUGGAGAAUGUUGUUGUUUUGGAGCUUGGCUGGAAUGUGAUUAAUGAUCUUUUCUCCCAGUGGGUCGAGGGGCUUCUUAAACGAUGUCCUAUUCUCAAGAAGCUAGUCAUCCAUGGUGUUGUUUCCGAGGCUAAAUCUGAUGAAGAAUGCAAGAUGUUAGCCAAUUUCACCACAUCCAUGGUUGAGCUGAUGAGGAGAUACACAGAUGUAGAUCCACAUUUUAAGUUUGAAUAAGAUUCUUCUUCUAAAUGCUUUGUUAUAAUUCAGACUUUCUCUCAAGUCUGAUUUUGUAGGCACAUUUGCAGGUAACUUGCAUAAAUCAAGAGUUUAUGCCCAACUUUAACUUUCUUAUUGGUUUACAUCCCUAUUUAAAAUCAGGACUUUGAUCACUUUGUUUGCAAACAGAAAGUUUAUUAAAGAUUACCUAAUCGGGAAUUCAACAUUGUCAGAUGUGUUAUGCAAAUUUACUCUUAUUAUUAUUAAGACCAAAAUUAAGGAUUCGAUUUGUUA